CCUUAUUUGCUCUUCAAUUGCGUGACUCUCACUGUAUACACUGACUUUAACAAUCAACACCCGUGUAUCUGGUGCCCCGUUUCCCUUGAAACUGGCCCUUAGAACGUGCCCUUGCAACAUGCCCUAGAAACAUGCCCUAGAAACAUGCUCUUCCUCCCAAACCUGGGAAUUUUCCUCAUUUGGCUUAUAAGCUGUAUAUUUUUGAAGCUUAUAUGCCCAUCGCAACAUCAUCAUAGCCUCUACAACCCCAAAUAAGCAGAACAAACCUUCCCGGUAAGAAUGUCAGCCGAUAACAAAGACGACGUUCCAGCUGUGUGUGAAACGUGUCUUGGACCGAAUCCAUAUCUCCAGAUGAUUCGAGAGCGUGGCGGUCUCGAGUGUAAGCUGUGUACCAGGCCAUUCACGGUGUACAAGUGGGCGCCGGUGAAGAAUGGCCCUUUCAAGCAUACAAUCAUAUGUCUCACGUGUGCGAAACAGAGGAACUGCUGUCAGAGCUGUCUGUUGGACCUUACUUAUGGGAUACCAAUCCAGUUGAGAGAUGCCGCGCUGAAGAUGGCUGGUGUUGAUGGCGUGCAAGGCGCCAGUGAGCCUAAGAACGAAGUGUCCAAGCUAUACGUGGCCAACAACAGCGAACGGUUCAAAUCCAUAGGCGGAGCUGCAGUAACCUCGAACAGGGAUAAAGCGAAGGAGAUCUUGGAGAAACUGGCCGCUGUGAAAGGUAACAGGCCAUCAAAGUCGGCCAACGCCCAAAAGCGUGAUACCUUACCUCAGCACAUUGAAAACAUAGACGUCUCCAAGAUCGUGUCCAAAUUACCCUUCAACGGCUCCUUGGAACCCCCAUCGAACCCGGAGCUGAAGACUCUGUUCAUAUUUGGCGUUGAUGACUCGCUACCGGAGUACAAGAUUACGGAAUUCUUCGAACAGUUUGGCAAGCUGAAGAGUGUUAACUGUCAGCAUGGAGCCCGGUGCGCAUUCGUUACAUUUACAAGAAGAGUGGACGCCGAAGCCGCUGCGAAAUCCAUCAGCUGCCCUAUAAGUGGCCAAUCUGGGCUAUUCUUGAUUGAAAAUAUACCCCUUAGGGUGACAUGGGGUAAGGAGAGGUCCCUGGGUACAACAAAUAGAGAAAAGUUGAAGGUGGGUUCCAUAGUGACAAAGUUCCUGAAGAAGUUAUCGAAGAACAGUAUGAACACCACCAAGAGAACAAAUGAAGAGCAGACAAAUAACAACGAGGUGAAACGCGUGAAAUCGGAUACGAGGAAACCUGCGAAAGAGGCUGAUUUCGAAAAGACUUUCAAAAACUACGAAUAUUAAGGAUCUACUGUUGAAGUGGUUUAUCUGUUGAUGAUUAUGCACAAUGUGUGUGUGUGAAAAAGUGCCGAACUUGUAAUUUCUCAUUAAUCUAUCUGAAUCUUUCUACGUAGGCAACAACAAGCCACUGUAGGUCAAAUCAUCACCACACAUUCCAUGUCAAACUACCAAGAGGAGCACGAUAUACAAGAAUCUUCAACCAGCGAGCAAACCUCUCCGCAAGGAGAAGGUUACACUCCACUCACAAGGUUGCUUCAGGACCUGUUUGAGUCUACAGAUGCUAGCGUGGAUCCGAGUAUGGAAAUGUCAACAGAUCAGAUGAGGAUGGUGGCGCUGGCCUUAGCGCAAUCGCCUCUUGCGAGGGAUCUCUUUCAGCAGUCAGGGACCGAGGGGCA